CGUUCAUGUCGUAAAAAGAUGGCUCCGACAAGACGACAGUCUCUCCACUCGCCUCGGUGUCAAAAUUCAGCUUAGCUUAGUUUCUCCCAUGAUGAUGAAGAAGUGAAUAAUGAUCGACUUCCAACAUGUGAGGGAAUGAUUUGAUGCAUCAUGCUGAAGAAAGCACUGUCCAGAACUGCCAAUAUUGGUCACUUUGGGGGCAAAGGUAACAAAAAGUGUCUUCACACUAAUCUGCGGAAGUCCUUUUGCGAAAACCACAACAGGAACAAUGAUGCCACAACGGUUGUCCUGUUGAAGAUGACUCCAGAAAGUAAAACCAUCAAUGAUUCUUCAACGAAUGUUCGUGCAUGCCGCAAUCAUCAUAUAGAAACAAAGAAAGAUGAUGUUGGAGGUGUCAAUACUAAUCGCUGUUGGUUGACCGUCCGAGACAAAGGAACCCAAUGCAUCCAGAAGUUGGCAGGGUAUCGGUUGCAGCAGCAUCGUUGGAAAAGUGACUAUAGUUGUAUAGCACCAUCAUUAGGGAGUAAUUCUUAUCCUGGGAAUGGCAGUCGCAAUCGCGAUUUGAAACGCUUUCUUGAAGAGGUCGGUACGAACCAAAAGGAAGCACGUUAUUGGCUGAAGCAAUUUCAGCUUAUAAGUGGCUCGUUACAAACUAAUCCAUUUGCAGUUGUUCAAGUAGACCAGGAGAUAUUCCAGCACUCGGAACAGUUGAAAGCUCUGAGCUCUAAUCUGGCGUUCCUACACCGCAAUGAUAUGAAGUUAUUGGUGGUUCAUGGGGCAAAUCUUCUUGAUAAUAAACAUAUGUCGGAUCAGCAGUUACAGAACAGUCGUCAUAAAGUAACUACAGAAACCAUGGUAAUGGUGAAUUUUCUUGAGGCCAGUGGGGCACCGGCACACCCUAUUUUUUCUGGAAGUAAUGUCCUUAGAGCAGAGCGUAUUGAAGGGAGUACACACGGAAGGGUCAAGAGUGUCAAUAAGGAGGCAUUAGAGUGGUGCAUAAGUUCCGGCCAUAUACCUGUGCUGAGCUCCAUAGGAGAAACAGACAGUUCACAGUUGGUCAGCAUUGAUGCAGCGCAUGCAACAGCAGAAGUAGCAAAAGCCGUCCAACCGAUGAAGGUUCUGUUCCUGAACACCACAGGGGGCUUAAGGGAUCGCUCUGGACGGAUAAUUCAAGAAGUUCACAUACCAGUUGAUCUAGAGUCUUUGAUGAAGCAGUCUUGCAGUAGCCGUGAUCAUCACACCAAGAAGCUUGUCACAGAUCUCGUGGCCCACCUACCCCCUUUAUCAGCUGUUGUCAUCACUUCAGCCAGGACCAUACUGACCGAGUUAUUUACACAUCAUGGGUCUGGAACCAUGUUUAAGAAGACGGAGCGCAUUUUAAAAUAUAAUAAUUUGGAGGAUGUUGACUUGGAGAGACUCAACAAACUGAUUACAAGGUCAUUUGGUAAGGUACUAAAGGAUAAUUACUUCAAGGAGUUGGAGAGCAGACUACACACGGUGUAUCUAUCUGAAGGAUACAGUGCUGUUGCCAUCAUUACACAAGAAGCAGGAGUCGGGAUACCAUACCUUGAUAAAUUCUCAAUAAGCCUUCAAAGACAGGGCGAGGGAACCAGUGACAUGUUGUGGAAUUGUAUCCGGAGGGAUUUUCCAAGCCUUUUUUGGCGGUCUAAAAUCUCCAACAAGGCCAAUGCAUGGUAUUUUAAGCGUUCGGAGGGCAGUUGGAGCAACAGUAAAUUCACGGUAUUCUGGUACGGCAUAUCCAGCCAGCAGCUCUCUUACACUCUGGUGGAAUGGGCGGUCAAGAAAGCAAUAUCCUUCCAUGAACACGAUGAGGAUGAAGAAUGGACGGCAGUAACAGUAUAAAAUCACAAUAGGUAAAUUGUCACUAUUAUUUUUUAGAGAAAAGUUUACGAGAGAUCGCCUUAUAUCACCAGGGCUCGGAUCACUUCAAAGUUCACUUCAAUUUACUUCGUGGAUGAAGAAUACUAAUUUUGGUUUUACCCUUACACCUAUGUGUGUGGGCACUGUACUUUUUUUACUCAGUACUUUUUUCGAAUAAGUAAGUAUUCAACUGCAAGGAAAACUGACUGGGCAAAUUUUGAUUACAAUUUGGGGUGAACAAAGAAAAAUUUACUACCUGUAAAACAGGACUAGCACCGAUAACCUCCAGUUAUAGUGCCAGUGUAGUGUCUCGUCAGGUUAUUUUUUAACCUCUGUGAAGCGACUCGGGACACUUUGGGGGUUAAUGGCGCUAUAUAAAAGCAGUUUAUUAUUAUUAAUAUUAUGUCAGUGAUUAACAUGGGCUGGAGGAUGAUGAUUCAAAAGAGGGUGCUAUCACAAGAUGUUUGUACACAACUUGCUGUAUGAAGGGACAGAAUUCCCGAGACAGAAUUUCCCGAGACAGAAUCUCCCGAGACAGAAUCUCCUGCCAAACCGGCAACCCUUGAUCUAUCCAUGCCCAAUUUCAUAGAGCUGCUUAAAGGCAGUGG